AGACUGAACUGACCCACCACUCCCCUGCAGGUACAAGCCCAGAUGGUGAAUGAGGCGAUCCGGGCAAGCCAGCAAGCCCAGGCCAUACCCGCGUCAGCUCCUCCCACCCAUGACCCCUACACAUCACCCCCUUACCCCCUCCACCCACCACACACCCAGACCCAGCCAAAGGUGUGUGUGUGUGUGUGUGUGUGUGUGUGUGUGUGUGUGUGUGUGUUUUACUUGCCAUGUAUUUUGCUUCUACCAUUAUCAUCACUAUUACUACCAUUAUAUUUGUCAUCAUCACUGCCACUGCUAAAGAUUUCCUUCUCUUCCUCCUCCAUGUCAUUAUCACCAUCAUUCUUUUUCUCCCAUUACUGUUUCAUACAAUCCCCACACUCUCUUAUGCUCCUGGUUUCCCUGCAGGUGACUCUGUGCAAGGAUGGUGACGGCAAGGUUGGCAUGAGGGUGAAGGCCAUCAACAAGGGUGUGUUUGUGUGUCUGGUCAAGAAGAACUCCCCUGCUGCAAUGGCCGGACUGAGGUUCGGUGACCAGGUGCUGCAGGUGAAUGGGCAGACAGUGGCCGGCUACAGCAUGGAGAAAGUGCAUGACCUGCUUAGGAAGAGUCCACCCAACGGCAUCCAUCUGGCCGUGAGGGACAGGCCCUUUGAGAGAGCCGUCACCCUGCACAAGGACAGCACUGGUCACAUUGGCUUCCAGUUCCGUGACGGUGAGAUCACUGCGCUGGUCAAAGACUCCUCGGCCGCACGGAACGGCCUGCUGACAGACCACCAUCUGCUGGAGGUGAAUGGUCAGAAUGUGGUGGGUCUGAAGGAUAAGGACAUCUCAGCAAUGAUCAGUGAGUGUGGGCAGGUGGUCACUGUCACCGUGAUGCCAGCCUUCGUCUUCAAGCACAUGAUGAAGCACAUGGCCUCCUCCCUCGUUAAGUUCAUGGACCACUCCAUACCCGACCUGUAAAGUGGCCCAUACACACACACACACACACACACACACACACACACACACACACACACACACACACACACACACACACACACACACACACACACACACACACACACUUGAUACUCAAGGACAUGGAGAGACUACAUGCACACAUAUAACGCACACACACACACACACACAUCCAGUACUACUCAUACGUUCAUGCAUGUCAGUGUAUACAGGCACGUACAAGCCAACAAGGAUUCAUGUACAUACAAAAAUAGAGACAUACAUCUAGAAGUGGAGGAUCCCAUGGCCACUACUCACAAAAAUCAGCAGCCUGCAUCUUUUAGUAUACACACACACACACACACACACACACACACACACACACACACACACACACACACACACACACACACACACACACACACACACACACACACAGUUUUUAUUUGUAUUUUUUUGUUAAAUAUAAGAUUGAAAUAAUGUACCUCCUAUCCAUCAACAUGAGGAACAAAUACUCCUGAGAGAGAAAGAGAAACAAGAGGAAUUAUUUAUAGUGAUGUAGUUCCUCAAUGGUCACUUAUUUUGUCACAGUUUAGUCAGUAAGAUGUUAUUGCCUGAUUGCUCCAUUGAUUAGCUUCUGUUGUGCCAAGCUGCCAGUCACUUCUUGGGCAUGUACUGUGUUGAGGUAUAACUUUUAACGUCUAGUGUUUAGUGAGUUUUAGUUUGUAAAGGCUCCCCACCUCUAAUGGGAAUGCCAACCUCGUAUAUGCUUUGAUUAUUCUGUGGACAUAUUUCUACCAUUUGAGCUUCUGUUAUAUUUGAGUGUGGCCUCCCGUCAGCUGCCAACUUGUGUAUAAUGGUAACAACAGCAGCAGCAGCAGCAGCUUUGGUGGGAGGGGUAGUGGCAGUGGCAGUGGUGGUGAUGAUCUGUAGGGUUAAAAGUUUUCUUAUUUAUUAUUAAAGAUAUUUUGAGUUAUUUUGCAUA